AUGGGCGCCAAUUAUCUGAUGGUAAGCAAUCUGUGCCGCCCAGGAGCAUCCAUAACAGCAGAGGUUACAAGAGCGUUUAUCGAAAUUUUGACAGAAGAUUGGAUUCCGGUCGAGCUGGCCUCUUCAAAGCAGGCUCUCCAACGUCAUGAUUUUAUCGAAAUCCAAAUGAAGGAAGUGGAGUGGAGGAAUGUGGUUGUAACAACCCUGUUCCUUCUCCUGCUCCGAGCCAAGCCGUGUUGCAUGGGCAAGGUUUCCGCGGUGAAGAAGCCAGUUUAUCAUUGGCCAGGGCGCGGAGAAGGCAGUGCUCGUGACCAUGGCUCAAGUCGGUCCCUCAUGUCUGAGGAUCGUGGUCAGCAUCGGGGUAACAUCUGGGGCGGAUGA